AAAAAAGAAGAAAAAAAAAAACCAAUAACAAAACAUAUAAAACAUAUAAAAACCAUACAACAAUACAGCAAAAAAUACAGACAAAAAAGAAACUAAAACACACAUCCAGUAUUCCGUAUCUUUACCUUUCCUUUCCUUGUUUCAUCGACCUCCUCACACCUCCCUUUUUUUGUAUUCUAGUUCAGUUCACUAUUUCAGCAGGUUCUUCCCAUCUUUCUCAAUUUUUAUUCUAUAAUUUAUCUUAACGGUCUAACCUUGAUUUUUUUCAAUUUAACCCAUUAAAUUGUUCAGAGCAAGCCCCCCUGGCUGGCACUCGGCCGCGGGAGAAGGGAGCGGGGCGGGCGAGGCCGGCCAACCCCACGCCCUCGCGGCCGGCCUCCUUGGUCCACAGUCCACCUGCCAAGCGCCGCCCGGGCCCGGACCGAGGCCCGCCGCCUCCUCCUCCUCCUCGGCGCAUGCGGGCCUGGCGUCCUUGGCCCUUCCCCUCCGGAUCCGGCCCGCCACGUCACGCGCCGGGAAGCGGCUGAGGGGGAGGCCAUGGCGGAGCUCUACGUGAAGCCGGGUGAGGGGGCGCCGGAGGGGCGCGCGGAGGGGCGGGCGGGCUGCCGGCCGGCGGAGGGAUGGCCUUGACGUCUCGCUUUCCUUUCCAGGGAACCGGGAGCGCGGCUGGAACGACCCGCCUCAGUUCUCGUACGGCCUGCAGCAGCUUCAGGCUUCCGGGGCAGGAGGCGGCGGCGGCGGCGGCAAGCGGGGGAUCCUGACGCGACGCCCGGGAGCGGCUCCGGGAGCAGCACCGCCGCCGCCGCCUCCGCCUCACGGGCCAGGUGAGGAGACGCGGAGAUGCUUUCCUUCUUUCUUUCCUCCCUCCCUUCUGAUUGUUUUGUUAACAGGGAAAGCGUAGAAACAAAACUCGGGACUAUAAAAUCAGGGUUCCCAACCAAAUCCGCUGGCGGAUUCGCUCUCUCCAUACCAGCAGGCCAUGUAACUCUUUUUGGAUGCUAUUUGUAAAUCAAGGCUGCUGUCAUUAUGAUAUUUCCCAUAUUAAGUGACCUUGCUAUCUUUGCCAUAAUCCUCCUCUCCGUCACGAUACGUUCACUUAUUCAGUCAUCCAUCUAUUUGUUUCAUGGAAUUUGUAAGCAAACCAGCCAACAGCCCCUGCAAGCGGCUCUCUUAAUGUGACCCCUGGAGGAGCCUCUGGGACUGUCCAGCUCUUCCUGUGCUGAGAUGGGUCAAGUUCCCCACACCUGCCAGGAACGCAGAGCCCACCUCCAGAGGCUCUUCCUUCCUUCCUUCCUUCCUUCCUUCCUCUCUCUCCCACUGCCUCCUGUAGCCAACUUCACUCCAAGCCCUAGGGCCUCCUGUAGAAGGGCUGCUCAGGAGUCUUGCUUGCGUUAUUAGUUUUUUAAAAAUAAAAUUGUACCCAUAAGAAACAUGCAAAGAGCUGAAGCUAUUAUAAAGGGCAAAAUACAUAAAACAGAAUGAAAUACAUUAAACAGUUAGCUUAAUUAUUAAAACCAGACAUUAUGUGAGGAUAAGAGCUUGCUCCCCUGAAGACCUCAACUUGUCACCCCCACAAACGUCUCCCUAAAAUUGCCACUCUAAAGGCAAAGCUGGCUGCUUUUUAUUUGUACUCUAAUAAAAUGUUAUUCAAAUACCCAGUCGAUCUCCCACCUGUGAGAUUUAACUUGUUGAACAAAGCUGCUCUUAAUCCUCAUAGACUGGGCAACCAGUCUAGUGGGGUAAGUCUUCAGGCAGAUUUCCUCCAUGUGGGCAAACUCUCUUCAUAAGGGAUCCAGCAAUAGUGUCCUUCAACUGUGGCAGAAUGCAUAGGCUGGAACUGCAGAGCUGUAAAGGCUUUUCUCUGUUUGAUAUUUGUGAUGCUGGUUAUAUAGUGAGGGCAAGGAGUCUGAAUGGGUAGUUUGGCAUACCAAGGGGCAAAUUCGGACAGACAAGCAGAAGUGCAAUCAGCACAAAAAUCAUGCUUUAAAAUAGGAGAUUUCAUGUGGCGAGAUGUCCAAACUCAGAAUGUCCAAAGGAAGGCCAAGCUUAUCAAUAACUUGUAGCAUUUCCUAAUUCCAAGAUGGAUUUGAAGAUCAUAACGUAAAACAGAAAUAAAAGUCAGUUCCAGAGAUUGACAGGCACACAGCAAGAAUCACACAGGAAUUUUUCUCUAAGAAUAUCACAAGUGUGACUAUGGGUUCCCACAAUGAAGAGUGCUGUGAGAGGCCUGUGAAAAUUUCUCAAACGAGUCCAGUCUGCCUUCACAGUUCGCCAGUUGUACCCAGAACUCAUUAAAGUCUUUUGUUAAGAGUUCUCAGCUGGUCUUGUAUAUGGUUUAGGGUUUGAAGCUGGGCCAGGAUAUUUUGUAAAGUAGCUGUGUUUGCAUCUGCCUGUUAAUGCUCAGUAGCCUUUGAGUCAGCUUUUUUUUUUUUUGCAUCAGCCAUAUUUUUUUCAGCAGUUUCUGCCGCUUUUUUUCUUUCAGCAGCUCUCUUGUUGGUAGACAUGGUGAUUUAUCUUAAGUAGUAAAGAGAUAGUAGAAAGUUUAUUUACCAUUUGACAUUAAUCUUUUGGCAGCACAGAGCUGCUUUCCAAGUAUUUAAAGGCCUUUUAGUCGGACAGAUCAGAAGGACGUCCCUCACAGCUCCAUUCCUAGACCGGAGGCCCCACCCCUUUCUUCUUGGAGAAAGUUGACCUGCUUAAGGAUUACUGAUGCAAUUCCUGGACCCACCUCAGAAUUGCACUCUUUUUGCUAGUGGUUUCCCAUCAGAUAUAUCUAUUUAAAAAUAGUCUGUGAAACUCUCAACAUGAAAGUGCUUCAUCCAGCCCAAUUUUUAAAGGGAUCAAUAGAUAUUCUUCAGAAAAACUGGUCAUCCUCUGAGAGCUAUUUGGUUUUGAUCAGGAGGUUGGGUUUUUGUGUGAUGUGUGUUCUAAAGGAAGUGCUUGCAGAAAUUCUGAGGGUGGGAACUACAUAACUGAAUCAAAUUUAUUUAUUUACUUACACAAAUACUGCUAUUCUUAAAAAAAAUCAAAGCUGUGUACAACAAUUGUACAUAAAAACAUACAACAAAAAAUAUACAAAGUUGAAAUCAGCUAACUAUUGUGGAAAGUUGUCUUCUUAAUUCCCUGCAUAAGCCUGAUGGAAUAGAGAAGUUUUCAUCAGAUGCUUAAAAGUUGAAGCAGAAGGUGUCUGCUGAACCUCUGUUGACAGAGCGUUCCACAAUACUGGGCAAAUGACAUAAAAGUCUUGGUUUCUAUCUAAGGGGUGUGGCUUGGCUUUGCUUUGCUUGCCUGAUUCUGAGACCCAUAAUUCAAUUUUCUCUAUGUACUAUACACUGGUUGUAUGCUUGAUUGUGUCUUUCUCCUGACUUGUAUUUUUAGCACCUGGUCCAGAAAGUGCUACCUGCUCAGCAGCGUCAUCAGCUGUUCCACCGCCACCGGUGGGCUUGCCUCCUCCUGGUUUGCCAGGCCGCUCUAUGAGGGUAGAUGCCACAAACCAACCCGUCACUGAGGCUGGAGAGGAUUGCCAUGUGGAGGAUGUUCUUGCCCCCUUGAAUGAGGCUCUGGCCAAUUGCAGGAGAUCUGUACCAGUAAGUAGAAUUGCUGCCUUUUCAGGAUUUCCCCAUUUUACUUUGGAGGGAAGAAAGUUCUUUUGCCUCUGUAUGAGCAGUUGUGGUCUGCUUCGUUGUACUAAAGUGAUUAGUUGAAUAGCUAGAGCAGAGGGUGUGGGGGCACAUUUGGAAAUCUAAGAAGGUGCAAUGGGCACCAUUUCACAGAAGAAAAAACUGGCAAUGCUCAGAACCUCAUGAAACAAUAAAAACACCUAUAUACACCUCAAAACAAAGCCCUUUUUAAAAAAAAAAAGCUGGCCGCCUUCCCCCACAACCCAUGCCCCAGCAUACCCAAGCAAGUAGGUAGCAAAAAACCAAGACAAAACAUCUUCCAAUAAACAAACGGCACAACACUCCCAGUAACUACAGAAAGAAGAAAAAGAAGAGAAAGAAAGAUAACAAGCAACCCCCCACAAAAAAAACAUAAGACAUAGCAAACAAAAAUGCAGGCAAAAUCAUCAUUCUGGGGAAAGGAAGUAAGAGGAUGAGAUGACAAGAUGCUUGCAAUUUUCCAGCCACCUGUAUGUGCAUGUAAGCCAAAUACCUAAAAAACGGAGGUGCUGAUCAUUAGAAAUAUAUGGAGUGAGGCUUCUAUCUCUUGUAUUACUGUGGAUUACAUCUAAGUGUAGCAUCUAACAUGAAAUGGUUUUGACUUUCUGUAGCUGGAAUUCCAACAGGUCUAGAUAUUUUAUAAAAUUGGAGCUCUGUUGUUGUGGACUUCUUGCAAUGAGGACUUGAUUAAUGUGUCAGGCAGUGUUGAAAAGAUGGCAUCCUCAGUGAGCUAGAGAUCGUGCCAGACUCUGAAAAUAGAUGGUUUAACUAGGACGUCAUAUUGAACUAUGGUUUGGCACGAUGUCUGCAGUGACAAAUCUUAGGUAUAGCUAUUGCUUUAGCAGAGAUUAGAGUGAAAUUAUAAAACUGGUAGGAUGAAAAUGAAGGCAGGCAAACAGCUUUGCUUUUUUGUGAGCUCAAAGCUAAUGAGGGUUUUGCCAUUCCCUUUUAGAGGACCAAGGAGACUGUGGUGAGAAGUUAUAAACAUAACCUUUGCGAGAUGUGCUUCCUAAUAAGAAUUGCUUUUUUCAGAAACAGGUUUGUGAUGACAUCAGCAAGCGCUUAGGAAUCCUGCAGCAGAUGUGGGUACAAGGGAAACUCUCUGCCCCAGUGAGAAAAGGAAUGAAGAUUCUGACACAAGGUAAGCAGCAAGGACAAGGUUCAAUGCUCUGCGGCAACAUUCCUCAUUGUAAACUCUUAUCUUACAGCCUCUGGCCACCUUAAAUAAUUCCUAUAGCAGAACUACUGCUGCAGUAGGAUUAGCAUGCAGUCCAUGUGCGUGGCCUGUGGAGCCACAAACAUCUGCAUUCCUUACUUCUUUAGUGACUUAGGAGCUAGGGUCAGGGGAAGCAGUUGAAUUGGGCUACUUUUUCAUUACCUUUUGCAGUUCUGAGAUGCUUUCUUUUUACUUUCAGAGCUCAAGAAGCAGCACUGGGAUGCAGCUGAUGAGAUCCAUCGCUCACUAAUUGUGGACCAUGUCACUGAAGUGAGCCAGUGGAUGGUAGGAGUGAAAAGGCUCAUUGCAGAAACAAGAAACUUGCAUACAGAAGAUCUGGCCACAGAAGAUUACGAGCGAAAAGUUGAAACCUCUUUGGAACCAGAAUGCCAGUAAGAUUAGGCCACGUCCAAGGAGUUGGCAGUAUAAGACUGGGCCCGCAGGGGACUGAUUUCCUAAGCAGCAGAGGAAGGUGUUUUAUCGCCUGAGCAUUGGUGACCUACUCAAGUUAAUUUUUGCCAAUCUGACCAAAGCUCAAAGCUUAAGGAGAAUCUCUCAAGUAAGCUGGAGAAUUGUGUGCAGCUAUUUGAAAUUGGUGACUGUGGUUAAAAACAGCCAGCUCUUUCUGGACUUGGUACAAAAUGGAAGGAAGUGACUAGGUGAUGCAAUUGUAAUGCAAGUGUACAAUGAAAGUCCAGACUGAUACAUGUGGUACUGAAACUAAAAGCUUGCACUUACAGCUACUGCUGCUCUGGAGUUCAUUUCAGUCUGGAUAAGGUUCCUGGUCUUCAUCUACAGGCAACGACCGAUUUAUGUGUGACUGCACGCAUGCGCAUUGCGGCAACCCAGAAGUGGCUGGAAAAGGGGGUGGAAUGGGGAGGCGUGGGCUUGUGCAUGCUCCACCACUACACACAAUGACCUGAAACGCACCCCCCCCCCCCCCCAGAUUGGGUUGCAUGUACCUUGUAUUUUUCAUUCAAAUCUUUCUAGGAAAAUGUAGACUGUACAAAAGUGAGGUCUCAUGUUUCCCAGCAAUUGCAUAUCUGUCCUCAGCAAUUCAACCAAAAUGAGGAGAUAGAUCAUGGGUAGGCAAACUAAGGCCUGGGGGUCGGAUCUGGCCCAAUUGCCUUCUAAAUCGGGCCCACAGACGGUCCGGGAAUCAGCAUGUUUUUACAUGAGCAGAAUGUGUCCUUUUAUUUAAAAUGCAUCUCUGGGUUAUUUGUGGGGCACAGGAAUUCGUUCCUCCCCCCCCCAAAAAAAAUAUAGUCUGGCCCCCCACAAGGACUGAGGGACAGCGGACCGGCCCCCUGCUGAAAAAGUUUGCUGACCCCUGGGAUAGAUGCUAUUUCUAUUUUAUUUUAAAGGAACCAUUUUUUACUGCAAUGUCUUCAUUGUAGAGAGGAUAUUGUGCUGCUAUAUUUUUUUUUACUGUAACCCUCUACUGGCUUCCAUUCAACCAGUUCCCACUGUGACGUUCUCUCCACAUGCCCUUGGGGCAGCGUGGAGAAUAUGAUGACAACAGUUGCUGUGCAUCCUGCUUCUUUCAGUCUUAAACACUGCAGUUUAAUUCUGGAAGUAAUUUUUCCAUUGUGGCAACUAUUGAAGGUUACUAUAGUAAUUCAAUAAUAACAUUCCAUUAACCUUUCGGUGGGGAGUUACUGUUAUUCAGCAAUGAUCCCUCUGAUCGGCUGACAGCAUCUAUAAGUUUUUGUGGGGUUGUUUUUUUUAAAAAAAGGAAUACUGUGUACACAAUUUCAAGGUAACAUUACACUUUAUUUCCCCUUUAUCUCACAUGGGGCUCAAACCCAGAACCCUGAUAUUAAGCAUCUCACGCUCUACCGACUGAGCUACGACAGCUUAUUGACAGCAUCUAUAAGUUAAGGCUUAUGUUGCUACCUUAAUUUUGCUAAUUCUUAGAAACAAGUAUUGUAUCUUAACUUGUAUAAUACACAUAUUAAAUGAGUUCCCAGCUUCCAGCUGUUGGCUGCAAAUGGGCCUCUUAAAUGUCUUGCUGUACACAAGCAUAACAGCAGCUAGCAGCCAACAACACCUCAGAAGCAAGGUGUCAAGUCUGCAUCCUCCGUCUAGGCUGUACUGGACAUUGCCAACAGUCAACAUGUUGGCAUGAUUCACACAUUAUGUUAAACCAAACCAUGGCUUAGUAUGAGCACGUGGGCUCUAGGAGAAGAGACAGCAGCCACUUUUCUCUUCUGCCAUGCUGAGCUAAGCCAUAGUUUGGCUUAGUGUGUUGUCUGAACCCAGACUCAUUGUUUAGCUCCAGACUAACCCAUGGAGUUGUGACCAAGGGUUGCCCUAUGAUUUUGCUCCUCUUAUCUCAAGUGUUCUAAAAACAACCUCCCAACACUGCAACACCAACACUGAAAAACAAUAGCAAUUGUAUUCAGUGAUUUACUUCCUAAUAUCAGAGAAACUAAAUUAUCAGCUUGGAUUAAACAGAGAUUUAAAUAACUCCCCCCCCCCGCCCCGUUUGGAAGAUUUUUUUCUUCAUGCAACAGCCACAUGAUCCUAGUACAAUAUACCAACGUCUAGAACUUGUUACCGGCACCACACAAUAUGGAUAUUAAAAGUUUUUCUUCAGAAGAUCUCUAAAUACCGAGAUACAGGGAUAUAGUUGUGAACUCUGAUCGAUACUCUGGUGCUGUAAAAUCCUUCUGACUUCAAUAUUUUAAUUUAUGGAUAUGAUUUGUGAAUUGUCCUAAUGUAUUCAAAGGCUAUUAGCUGUAUUUUUCUUUUCUGUAUUCUAUCUUCUUUCAUGAAUAAAAAAAUAUUCUCCCCAUCUGAGAGAUACUUGGUAACAUCCAAAAUUAGUCAUACUUCCGGCUAAUGUUGGAUAUAUGUGGUAGCUUUGAUUAUAAGGAAGAGGACUAAAAUACAACUGUCAGUACUGUAAUGUCCUAAUAUGUAGUUGCAGUGCAGACACACUUGGAAUACUUUGCACAAUUCUGACAAGCCCAUCACAUAGUAUCGUAGGGUAAUAAAAAUGAAUGGGGACCUGGAGUACCUUUCCUACUAAGAAAGGCUAUGUUUGUAGCAUAGGAUAGUGUUUUAUAUAAUUAUGUAUGGUGUGGAGAUUUAUCCAUUAGCAGUGGAUUGUUGGUUAUAAAAGACUGAGGUGAAAGCCCUUGAUUAAGGUCAUUUUGCAAUUUGUACCAAACAAUUUUUUCACUGUUAGCUUUAGGGAUUGUUUUUUUUCUUGAUACCAUAAAGAUUCACUAACAGCAUUGUAGUGGAAUUCCCUCCACCACCCCCAGGUGGUGCUAGACGAGCUGCUCGACAAACACAACUUGGACAGACUAUCAGAAUGAUGCAACCAAACAGACACUAACAAAUGCACAUGGUACAGCCCUGAAAAUGAGAAGUGUGUGUCAAAAUCUUGCUCCUAAGGCUGGUUAUAAACAUCCAUGUCCUCCAUUUAAUCACUCUUUAACAAAACUCUCACAAAGGGAGGAAAUGCGCUGCUCUUGCUGCCACCAGAGGUUAGCCUUUGUCCUAAUAACACAUUCCAGCUGAGUUUGUACAGGCUACAUUCCUAGUCAUGUGUAUCAGAAAUGAAGGAAGCCAGACUUGCUUCCAACCCAGGAAUUUGGGUGCAGUGGAGAUUUAAAAAACCCUAAACCACUAUUUUAUGUGUUUUGCACUUGUAAAGGACAGGUAAACAUCUCUUCCUCAAUAUUUACAUCUGUGGAAUGUAACGUUCAAAACCCUGCAAAUUAGUAAGACUCUUUCUUCACCUGGGAAUUUUGUGUGUUCAGGCAGGCUGGAACAAUGUGCAAAAAGGUACUGAUGUAUCUUGGAACUUUGAUGUCGUAAGGUGACCAGAUUUGGCAGUUGAGAUCACACUUCUAUAAAUGGGAAUCUACUCUCAAUUCACUUUACAUAUUGCAGUAUUUAGAUUAACAAAACCCCACUGAACCAUGUCUACUUGUCCAUCAACCGACUUCACCCAGCUGGGUGAAGCCAGGUGAUGGGUGGGAGCCAAUCCUGCUUGGCGUGUGUAUUUCCUGUGGGUUAACUUUGGCAGGUGGGUGGGCUCUGCCCAUCUGUUAAAGUUGGCCACGGGAUAGGGAAGUUACACAGAUAUGGCCUGCCAGGCCAAAAAGGUUCCCUACCGAUGCUCUAGGGGGUAGGAACUGAACAGGAAGAUCUUAGUUCAAAACCCCUUUCAAGUAUUAAACUCCCUGGGUGAGCUUGGCAAUUGAACUGCUACAUAGAAUUACAGAUUCCCAAUUCUUCUCUACAUCCUGAGCAUUUGGAGAACUUACUGAUCGUAUCUGCCCACAAUAAAUUUGAUUAUUAUACACAGAGUCCUGCAUCAUACUCAUCAUUGGUUACCAAAAGACUAAGUGCACCAGUGUAUCAUCUGCAGCCUUGCACUAUUUAGGUGAUGAGCUGCCUUUUCCCUAGUCAGCAACUAGUUUCACUACUGGGCCACAUUGUGAAGGAGAUGAGUGUGUGGCCUGCUGGCAAGCCUCGUUGUGUUAGAAACAAAUUAGCUUUCUUCUGUGCACUCCAGCCAAACACAACUUAGUAUUUCUGCUUCUGCAUGGCAAGCUCUUCCAAAUCCAGAAAUAUGACAAGCUGUGUGACAAGUUAAUUAACUGAUGCUGAGGUUUCAUAUUAAAGCAGCCAGUUUUAGAGCAUCACUAUGAAAUAUGACUUAGGGCACCAGCACAGUAAAGUCACCUACUUCCCAAGGCAGGAACAUGGCUUUGGCAUAGCAUCUCGUAACUCUGCAAGUCCAUUUUUGAGAGUUGAAAUCAGAGAAGAAUUUUCCAUGUUUAAAGAUAAUUUAAUUUUAGUUCUGAGGUAUAUGUUGAGUGUAGAUACCUUAGGUUGGUAUGGAAUGUGUACUUAAAUAUGAAUCUGUUACUUAAGUGAAGUAGCUUGAUGUGUUGCUAUAUGUACUCUUAACACCUGCUGAUGGUUCUUAGGUUGGUUUGUUCUGCUUGUGAUACUGUUAUCUUUAUUAAAAAUAUUUUAAAGUAU